UCUUAUCCAUGUGAAAUUCUACAAUCUCGAUAGAUAGUGUUUUCCCUUAAAAUUAUAUUAAUACAAAUUUCAGAACUUGAACCAUUUUAAAUUUACAUUCUAACAUGCGCACAUGUAUUUGCAAAUAAAUGUUAAUUUUCUUAAAAUUUCAGUUCUUGGAGAUAGUCAACAGCAAGAAUGUAUCUUUUGACGAAAAAGCAACAUGUCUUUUACAGAAUUAUUUCAAAGCUUCUCGUCGAGCACGAGGAGACUCUCUUCCUACCCACAGCAUUGAAAUAAUGACCGCAUUAGCCGAAGGACAUGCCAGGCUAUCUCUGCGAAUUAUCGUCACAUACGAAGAUAUAUUGGUAGUUAUCUUUUUGUACGAACAAUCAUUAUGCUAUCUUUACGGGUGCCCUGGAGCUUUACCUCCGCUGAUAACUGGUUAUGAGGUAGAAAAAAUUCACGAAGUAAUGAAUGCAUUCGAAAAUUGGCUCAAAUGUUAUCUCACAACUUACUUGGAUUCUAACGACGAAGAGGAUUAGCAUAAAUAUUUGUACGUUGAAAUUGUCAUUUCAACUUGUGGGUCUUUUUAAGUUAUGUAAUAUUCCCUAGAAUUAAAUUAUAAUAUUCCCUAGAAGAGGAUUAGCAUAAAUAUUUAUACGUUGAAAUUGUCAUUCCAACUUCUGAGUCUUUUUAAGUUAUGUAAUAUUCCCUAGAAGAGGAUUAGCAUAAAUAUUUAUACGUUGAAAUUGUCAUUCCAACUUCUGGGUCUUUUUAAGUUAUGUAAUAUUCCCUAGAAUUACAAACACGUUAUUAUGAACACAACUUCAAGAGUACGAUCUAACAAGAGUAACAAAAUUAAUCAAUUUCAGGUCACGUAUUGUUUAUUGACAAUCGUACUGAAAUAAUAUAUCGCUAAGAAAUAACAAUUGGAAAUAUUCGGUAUCAAAAUUUGUCUGGAAAAAUGACCUUAUAACGCAGGUCAUUGUUACAAUUACAGGAGCAUCGUACUUAUACUUGACCGCUGCUUAGGUUGGCUUAAUUCCUUUUUCUCAAUAUCAAAGAUUUGACACAGCAACGAAGUUAAGGCGAUGUGAAAGUGGCGUCGAAGAGAUAUUGUUUAUAAAACUUUUCUCCCAAUUCGGUUUACCGAAUAGUUUGAAACUUUACAACGUGAAUAGGUAGACUAUAAGGAAGGUCCUGA